CUCCAAACACCUAUAUCAUCUCACUCUUCUUUCUUUUCUGUGUCUUCCCAGGGCAUGAUAAUGGAGAGAGCAGGCAUUGAGGAAGGUCUUCUUGUUGAAGAAAAAACUAACGAUAAAUAUGGUGGCAUUGGGGGCAGCAGUGGCGAUGAUUCCUACCCUGUCACAGCUGUUGCUGUCUUCAGCACUGCAGUGGCAGUCUGCGGUGCCUUCACUAAUGGCUGUGCUGUUGGAUAUUCAUCACCUGCUGAGUCUGGAAUCAUGGAUGACUUGGGCCUCUCUGUGGCUGAGUACUCAGUUUUUGGCUCAAUUUUGACAAUUGGAGGAAUAGUAGGUGCAGUAAUUUGUGGAAAGAUAACGGAUCUUUUUGGUCGGAGAGGUACAAUGUGGUUUUCAGAUAUAUUCUGCAUCAUGGGGUGGCUUGCAAUAGCAUUGGCUAAGAAUUAUUGGUGGCUAGACUUGGGAAGACUGUCGAUUGGAUUUGGAAUUGGGCUUAUUUGUUAUGUGGUACCUGUAUAUAUUGCAGAAAUUAUGCCCAAGAAUAUUAGGGGAGGAUUCACAUCAGCCAAUACGUUGAUGAUAUGUUGUGGCUCUUCACUGACUUUUUUUGUUGGAACUGUGGUUUCAUGGCGCAUCUUGGCUGUGAUUGGAGCUAUCCCAUGUAUAUUACAGGUUAUAGGUUUAUUCUUCAUUCCUGAGUCCCCUAGAUGGCUGGCAAAGGUUGGCCAAGGGGCAAGGUUGGAAGCUGCUCUACAGAGGCUAAGAGGAAAAAAUGCCGAUAUUUCUCAGGAAGCAGCAGAGAUCCGAGAGUAUACAGAAGCCUUUCAACAGCUCUCUGAAGCUAGAAUUCUAGACUUGUUCCAGAGGAGAUAUGCUCAUUCUCUUAUUGUUGGAGUUGGGUUGAUGGUGCUACAACAAUUUGGAGGAAGCAAUGCCAUAUUAUAUUAUGCAAGUUCUAUCUUUGAAUCAGCUGAUUUUUCAACCACAUUUGGGACAAGAGCAAUGGCUAUUCUCCAGAUUCCAGUGACAUUUUUGGGUAUAGUCCUAAUUGAUAAAUCUGGAAGACGACCACUUCUAAUGGCUUCUGCAGCUGGGAUGUGCUUGGGUUGUUUGGUUGUAGCAUUGUCAUUCUUAUUGCAGGACCUGCAACAGAUGAAGGUGUUAACUCCAAUUUUCGUACUUAUUGGCAUAUUGGCUUAUCUGGCAAGUUUAUGCAUGGGUGUUGCAGGACUACCAUGGGUAGUCAUGUCAGAGAUAUUUCCAAUAAACAUAAAGGGCUCAGCUGGAAGCCUAGUAGCUUCAUCCAACUUGUUCUGUUCUUGGAUUACCACCUACACUUUUAACUUUGUAUUUGCAUGGAGCUCAGCAGGAACAUUCUUCUUAUUCUCGAUUAUUUGCAGUGCAACUGUCCUAUUUGUUGCAAAGCUGUUGCCAGAAACCAAGGGGCGAAGGCUCGAAGAAAUACAAGCAACAAUAACCCAUUUUCUUGAAUAAGAUAGACUUAAUUUAGCUUUGAUUUACAUUUCUCAAUCAAGCUGGAAACAAUAUGGAUGCUUUCAUUUUCUAGGAAGAGUUAGGGUAUGUCAUAAUUUAAGGAAGAUGAAAUUUUAGAGUAUGCAAUAACAAAUCUCAAUCUUCAAUGAUUCAACCAUAGUUUUAUGGGAUACCCAUUUGCUAAUUACCAGUGGUUGAGCAAUGAGAUGGUUAAAAUAUUCAUGUCCUA